AUGAGCUGGUUUGAUACUUCGGGGUUUUCAUCUUUCGCUAAAACAGCUUUAUCUCAAGCACAAAAAUCCAUCGACAGGGUUUUGGAUAUCGAACAAGAUGAAACAAACAGUGCCGCUUCAAAAUCUUCGGGUAAUUUUAUCCUUAGUUAUUUAUUUGAUAAGUUUGCAUAUACUUUGUAUACUGUUGUUGGAACGUUGAAGCUUGGGCCCAAUGCUAUCCUAGACUAGGGGAGUGAAAGGUUAAGAACCUGCAUGAUGAUCAUUUUGAGAUAUAUUAUCACAUUCUGUCGAUAACGGCAAUUUAUAUUGUGUUCAGUCUUAAACCUGUCACCGAGGGCAUUGUAGAAAAGGGUGAUAUUAGUGCAUUAAUUACCGGUCAAUUCGCUACUACAACAAAUUCGCCACCACAAAAGUUGCCAUCACUGAAAGUCAAAUCGCCACCGGUGGCGAUUUCACUUUUUCGUUAUGUGUAGCUUGUUGAAUGUAACUUACAUUAAAUGGAAGCUAAGAUGUAUUAGUACAUUGUGAAAAGGGAAAGGAACACAGAAGUUAUGUGUAGCCUCUCGAUUAUGGAACGUUAAUCAUUAAGUGGAAUAAAACUUUAGCAUUUUGCAAUGUACUACUACAUCUUAGCUCUCAUUUAAUGUGAGUUUCACAUGACAGGCUACAUAUAACGAAAAAGUCAGAGUGAGAGUUUGUUAUGGUGGCAAAUCAACUGUAAAUCUGAGUGAGUAAUGAUAAACCCUCAGAGGAAACAUUGUAUUUUGUUCCCUGAGACCUCAAAUGAGCACUUAGGGCAACAUUAAGGGUCAAGGGAAAAAACUACCUGAAUCCUCUGGAACCCAUAAUUACAAAUUUUGUUUUACCUCUCAAUUAAAAAUAAGACAUUAUAUGUGAGUAUUACUUUAUGGUUCAAUUGCAAAAUAAUACAAAUCUUGAUUGAAAUUGAAAAAUCAAGUUCUCGAGAAAAUUUUAGUGAAAAAUCAUGAGUACACCUUCUCUUAAUCAGUAGAUUUUGAGGUCUUGUCCUGUCGAAUUUCUCUUUCAGCACUGGUUUGGAAAUUUGCAACCUGCAAUUUUUUUAUCAAUGCAAGCUGACUCACACUCCUGUGAAUCUGUUAUUUCCCAUAGGAGUUAGUUCGUUUUGACCCACAGUACACAAUACAUUCUCCUUUAAUCAGGAAACAGAUUUUAGUUGGGAGGUGCAGCUGUAAAGUCUUUCUUGUUUCUAAGUUAUGUUGCAAUUUAAGUAGUAAGAAAGAGAAUUUGUUCAAUUACUCUAAUAUACAUUGUUUUCAUUGUUUCAAUUCAGCCUCAAGUGCACCAAAGUCUUCCCCAUCAUUAUCCUCAGGCAUGUCUUCAAAGGAUAAUUUAACACAUAAAAAAUCAUCUUCUGCUUUAUCUGGGCAUUCUGCCUCAAAAUCAGCAAGGAAAACAUCUUCAGAUGUGGACAAUUCAAAGGAUGGUGAAAGUGAUGGGAAUUCAUUUUGGUCAUCCUUCCUUGGCGAUUCCUUUUCCUCAGCUGCAACAGAAUCCAAAACAUCAAAUCGUAGAGCUAGUGGACAGAAACUUGGUUCCCGAAUAAGUGGUGGAAAAAUGAAAAACAGUGUUGACAGACAGGACAGUGAGGAUGCUAAAAUAUUGAAAGAUGAAGACAAUUUGCCAAGGGCAUUAAAACAUCAGAGUAAGAAGAACAGUGUGACUGUCACUAGUACAAGAUCAAGUGAGCAAUCCCAAGCACCCCAGACUUCAUUACCUGUGAGGGAAGAUUUGGCAAAUGUUGGGUGGGACAUUUCUGAACCGGAUAAAAGUAGCACUAUGGCUGUCAAUUUUCAAGAGGCUAAGGAACUUACAGAAAGUCCUGGAAAGGAAGAGUUGAAUACACACAAGUCACCUGUUAUGCCAGCUCUAAGAGGGAGCAAAUUGAAAUCACAGCAAUCAAAACGUUCAUCUACCAGUAAGAGUAGAAAAGAGAAUAAAGAAGUACUUAGCACUGAAAACAAUGUGUGCAAGAACAAUAUUGAAAAUGUUGAGCAAGAUGCAUUGAUUGUUGAACAUGACAAAACACCUGAUGAUAAAUCAGAGUCUGUGAAUGAACACCUUAGUACAGAAGCUGUGCAGUCUAUUCCACUUCAGAAUAAUACAGAUUCACCUGAUGCAAAUGAGAAUGAACUGGACUGCUCUGAAAAGACAGAUGGUUUUACUAUCUCAGUUGAAACUGGUGAAAAAGCUCCUGAUGUGGAUAGCUCUGACAUUUCUCAGUCAUUGCUUAAAAAUUCAACAGGAAACAAUGUUGUGGAAGAAAUUAAACACGAGGAAGCUGUACAAAAUCUACAAGAAAGUGUUAAACCUGUGGCUAGUUCAACACCAAAACACUAUGCUAAGGAGCAGAAAUUCACAUCACUAGGUACAGCAAUGAAACCUGAAAUGGAACCUACUGAUGAACACGAAGAAGCUUCAAAUGACGAGGGAGACCUACAAGCGUAUUCAUGUAAUCCAGAAUCUCCAAUUCCGCAGAGCAAAGAAAGCAACACAUUGUCAGAAAAUGUAGUAGAAUUUUUUGCAGAAGCUGCAUCUGUUGUUCAAGAUAAAAGAUUGUUGGAGGACAAAUCACAACAGGAAGUUCAAGAACAUACUUGCAUACAUCCUGAAACAGGAAAGGUGGUUGAUAUGUUGUCAUCACAACAGCCAAGAACAAAUGAUGGUAAGUGAAAAGUACACAUUGAUUAGUGAGCAGAGUGUUUUGGAAAUGUCAGUGGUAUCUUUCUUGCUGCCUUUGUCAUCACAGAUUGUUGUUGCCCAAGAGACAGCAGUAAUUAGUACAUCAGAGGUACCUUUGAACUGCAAAUUACGAGUAACUAAUUUUAGGGCUCUCUGUAGAUUAAAAGUACAUGGUAGGUGUACAGUAGAUGAGGAUGUUCAUUAUUUAACCAGCUGUCCAAGGGCAUCUUCCUUAGUCAUUUUUACCUACUGUAAACUUAUUUAUAUGAACUCAGGAGAAAGAGAGCAUUAGGUCUUUUUGUUAUUCCUUGAUGAUGAUUAGCACCAGUGAGGAUUUAAACUUGUUUUUGUUGACCUACAGUAGCCAAAUGUUAAUUUUCCAAGUGAUCAAAAUUCCUCUUUGCUCAUACAACUAAUCAUUAAUUUUGAUAAUUAUAGGAGAGACAGGCUAUAUUUAGUUACUUACUGGUUAUGGUUAUGUGAAUGUAGCUUUGGGCCAAUCUGACACCAUGAAACUAUUCUUUUGCUGUUAUUUUUUAAUUCCAGAUGAAAAAUGGCAAGAGAGGAUUUAUGUGAUGGGAGAUGAUCCUAAUUCUACUGAAAGCACAGAAGACACAAAGAGGAAAAUAGAAGAGCUGCAAAAUGUGAGUAAACUACAGAUCCAAACUUUGUUUAUAUAAUCAUUUAUUUUAGUUAACCCUUUAACUCCCAUUAGUGACAAACAUGUAACUUCUCCCCAUUAUAUCUAAACAUUAUCCAGCAAACAAGUAAUGAGAAUACUUAAACUUAUCAGGAAGGAGUUGUUAUCUUGAUCUAACACCACAUUCUUGUAACUAAUUUAUGUGGGAUUGUAUAUCAGUCUAAGGGGAGAAUUGACAAACACAUCAUGGGAGUUAAAGGGUUAAAUACUUUAUUGUUAGAAUUCUGUCUUAAUUAUUGGUAAUAACCUUCAUCUGCUUCCCAGCAAGAUGCCUUUGAUUAAAUUAGGGUAAUUCCUCUAUAAAGAAGGAUAAUAUUUUAAUAAUCUCCAGUCCUGGAUAUUUGUGGAAUCUUUUUUUACCCUGUUUACAGGAAAUUUGUAGCCUCAAGCAUGUGAUUGAAGUACGUGAGAAUAAGCUGGUUGAAGUUAGCAAAGAAAAUAUUGACCUUCAAGAAACAUGUGCUGUACUGAGGAGGUUUGCUAUACUAUCAUUGUAUAGAGUACUUUUCAGGGAUGAGACUCAGAAUUAAGAAAAAGAUUGUUGGAAUGUUGAGGAUACCUAGGAAUGAAGGACUAGCAUAAGCACAAGCAAAAUAUUUGCAAGCAAUUAUACACAAAUAAAUGCAAACUAUCAUUUCAGGUUUUGACUUGUUUUUUGCCAUUCUCUGAAGCCAAAGGUUUGGGGUAGUGCAUAUUUCUUGCAUGAAUUGUGUGUCAAGUGAGAACUUGGCUUUACCUAAUGGCAAAUUUAUGGUAGAUGCCAUCUAUAUGAUGGGUGGUAAAUACUAAAAUCUGACACUUACUGAGAUAUCAAGAUCUUCUCCUCUUGGACCCAGGACUAAAUGGCAAAGUUCCUGGGAAGGAUAAAACUGGAAACAGAAGACACUAUGAUGUCAAGGAAAGUCUUCCUGGAUGAAAACUCCAUUAACCCAUUAACUCCUAGAAGUGAAUAAUAUCCAUACAUUAUUCAGCAAACAGAUCAUGAGAACACUCUAACUUAUUACGUAGAAGUUAUUCCUUUGAUGUAAUGUCAAGUUUGCAUAUGGUAGGGUAUGUUGUAGCAUGUAUUAAAAAAAUAUAAUGCAACAUAUUUCUUACCCUCAGUCAGCUGAAACAAGCUGAAGAUGCAUUCAGGGAAGAGGAUGAGGAAAUUGAGGAAGUGAGAAAAGAGUUCACUGUUCGAGUUGCUGCCACAGAGAAGAAAUUUCAAGCUGCGGCAAAGGUAUGGUGACUGCUCAAUCUUUAGAAUUUUUAACUUCACAAUGAUGUUCCUUCAUUGAACAUGUAAUUUUCUUAUUCUACAAUCCUUGUAGAGAGUAAUUCAUUUUGUUUCAUUUCCAAUCUUGUUCUAUCAUAAUAAAUUGCUUGUAAUGGUGCAUUCAUGUUUGUACUGAACUUGGGUACUGUAAUGUAUCUCAUGUUAGUAGCUAAUGGUUCGAUGUGUUUUCUUUCAUUUAUUAUCAGGAACGGGAUCAGUUAAGGGCACUUUUAGAAGAGACUGAAAAUUCUUUGUCCUCAAAGUCAGUUAAGCUCUAAACCUUUUUUUUUCUAUUGUAAAUACUGAUAACACAGGGAUUAAUAUUAGGGUGGGGAGAGCCCUGACAUCUCUGUUAGGUAAUGGCUGACUUGGUGUAGACAAUGAUUUAUAAAAUAUUGAAAAAUGUUUUUUUGUUUACAAGUAAAACUGUAAAUUUCAAUUAGAUUUUAUUGUAAAAUUUUCUUGGUUCUGAAUAGUCUGUUUGAAGUUUUCUGAGCCAUUUUUAUAUUAUUCAUGGUUUGAUGAUAAUUAUGGAAUGUUGUAGCACAUUUUGAGAGAGUUUGUCAUAGUUUUUGAAGAACUCUGAUUCUGUAUUUUGUACUACAGGAAUUGAACACUUGUCCAACUUAUAAAUGGUUCAAAAUUUUCCUUAAUUGAAAGAAGCCUGAUUGCUGGUGGUUUUGUUUGCAGCAAAGCCACAUGGUUUUUCUUGAUUCUGUAAUUAAUGGUUCAAAGCCUCACACAAAACUUUGCUCUAGACACACUAGGUUGAAAAUUUUUCAAACCAGUUUGGUUACUAUUUCCUCCUCUUUGUUUAGUCACUUUGACUGUCCAAAAUGGAGGCAAACACAGAUUAAAAAGGAUUUGAACACUUUAAUCCAAGAGAAAUAUUGAACCAAAACAUAUGCACUUAUUGCUAAAGCUUUUUGUUGGCUUCAUGAAAUAGGAAUGAGCAGCAAUCUGAAGAGUUUACAACCCUACUCAAGGAAAAAGAUGAUCAAAUUGCUCAGUUACUAGAAGAAGGUGAUUUUUGCAUACUUAAAUGUAGCCAGUAUUUAAGGUAGAGAAGUACAUUGUUUUGUAACUGGGCAACUGAGUGUGAGAACACAUAUGAGAUUGAGGAGAAUUAUAAGAAAAAAAAUUGAAAAGUUCUACCCUUUGCAUGAUAAUUCUUACUGACAGGUACUGAUCACGUAAAGCCCCAACCCUGCCUUUUCAUCUGAGCAACUACAAUUCAAGUCUUUCCUGAUGGUUAUGGUAAUGAUAAUUUUCCAUUUGUCCAAUAUAUGCUCAAGUGUCUCUAUUUUGAAGCAUGUUUCUGGUUUCAACCAAAUCAUUUGAAUCUGAACACAUUUCUGGCAAUGGUUUUCACAGAAAUUCACCCAGAUUCACAAACUUUUAAACCAUGACAUCUUAUGAAUCAAAGGAUCAGGCCAAGACAUAACAAAGUUUGCAUUUUUGUUGUUUAACUAGUUGUAGCCACUGUUCUUUUUUGUUUAUCUUUUCAGUGUACAUUCAGUUUAAAUAUCCCCCUAGCCUGAGGUUUGCAUCUUGUAGUCAGUUAGUAAGGAGGAUUAUUUUUCUGGAAUUUCAACAGGUGAAAAAUUGUCUAAACAGCAACUUCAAAGCAACAAUAUUGUCAAGAAACUGAGAAGUAAGGAAAAGGAGAAUGAUGCACUGAUCAAGAAAAAUAGGUAAACAAGUGUACUUGAAUAAUCAAAUGAUUUAACAAUCCUAGGGGGUUUAUAAAGACGAGGAAUUGCUGUCUUUACUGCUAUUGUAACCCUUCAGUUCUGCACAGACCUUUUUCCAAGCUAUUCCAUGUGCUAGUCUAGAGAAGCUUGGUCAAUUAUAUAAUUUUUUUCACCAUCAUCAUCAUCAUCAUCAACAAUCAAUUUAAUACUGCUCAACAAGAGAUGCAAGACUGUUUACCUAAAUUUCUGCAUUAGCACCUAGGAGGCUAAGUCUCCUCUUUUAGUAGGUUUAUCCAAACAUCUUCAUCUGAGGACAAAUCACAAUUUUGUCCAGAACCUUUUUUUUUGGCUAUCCUUUUCUGUUAGCCCAAUUGUCACUCAUACUUCAUCUCUCAAUUUUUUGUUUACAGCAAAUUAUUAGAGGAAAUGACAGCUGAAAAUACCAGACUGACUGAAAUCCUGAAGGUUAAGGAAGAAACAGAGAGAAAACAAGCAGGUACUGCUUGCCUCUUGUGACACUUUUCACCUCUCUAGACUGCCUUAACCAUUACUCUACCUUAAGCCGUCAUUAAGAACCAAUCUUUGCAUUUAAGGUAAUUAUAGGCUUCUAACUGCAAUGUUCAAGAAAUUUCACUAAGGUAAUUCUACUUUUCAGAUGCCAUAACGCAACUCAAUAGCUAUGUUGAAAAGCAAGACACACAAGUUAGCAAACUGAAGGUAAGCUUUCCAGCAAAGUCAACGUAAUGCGACAGUCAAAAUAGUGCAGAGGAAGGAACUUCCUAGUAGAUGGAAAGAGAAGUUAAUCAUUGCGUGUUGGGGUAAAAUCUCUUUAGCCUUAGAGCUGAUUCCUCGGGGGAAAAAAAUUAUCGAAAUUUUCUAUUUUAACUUCCUUCAAUGUUCUCAACCAAUGUCUCUUUCGAAUAAUACUUUUAAGAAGAUAGGUCACUGUGCUUGUUUAAGAGAUACGAUGGGGCCAAACUUACCCCAUUUAUGCCUUUACUGGCAUUUGUCACGCGCGUCAUUUCAUCGGUUCAUGGUAUAUUUCUGCGGUAGUUGGAAGCAAGUUUUUUUAAAGAAACACUUCAUAGUUAGAAAGGAAUGCGUGCGCACUUAUUCCCCUGAUUACGUGAUUUUUAUGCUCAGGAUGUACGGUGCAAUACUGAGCUUUAAGGUAUUUUUGAGGGUUUUUAGACAUAAAGAGAGGAGGACACUAAAUUGUUUUGGAGGUUGACAUCAAUGAGAAAUUUUUGGCUGUCUCAGCUGUACCCUUAUUUUUUCUAAGUUUUUGUCAUUACAUGUUAUUUCCUUUUCCAUUAAGCACAUAAUGAUAAUUUUCAGUAGUUUUGAAAUGAUAAAUAAGGAUUAAAUAAAUUUCAAUGAAACCAACUCACGGCGGUUGUAAGUAUAGGUUUCCAGGUUUCCUCUCAAAAAAAAUCAUAUGAUCCGACGACAAAUGUAGUGGGCGCCAUGUCAACGAGAACAUCUACCAUACCAUUUAAAUAAUAAGUUUCUAGCUGUACCCACAUUGGUUUCGUCUGGGGUCUUCAAGCACCCAGGCCCUAUUUAUCAUAUAGAAAUCCCCUUGGGCAUCAUAAUGAUUGUGAUGUCUCUAUUUCCUAUACUUUUUCUCAUUAUAGUCUGAAUUAGAUGAUUCAGCGGAGAAGAUUAGAAGUAUGCAAGCUGCACUGGACAAUGCGUACAAGUUAGUACCAUGAAAACAAUUGGAGCGAAUGAUAAUUCUUUUUACAAUCGUGCAAACCUGCCAUUUCAACCCACUUCCCUCCUCUCCCAAUGUUUAGGGGAGGCUAUGUAAUUAUGGUAGAAUUCCUCUUUUUUUUAAAAGUAUUUGGUAAAAUCUGACACCUGCUAGUUUGAGAGAUUCUUGAAACCUAUGAAAAUCUCAAACCUUUCUUUGAAACUGAGGAACAAGUUUUUUUUCUGACAUUCGUAAGGAAUACAGAAAAAGAAUCUAAGUUUGGAUCACAACUUUCAAAGAUUCAUGAUUUGCCGGACUAAGAUUUUCAGAAUUAACUAACAAUACCGUUUGAAGCCCUUAAUUCAAUUCUGGAAACUAUAAAAGCACUCGUGAUAUUUGCAUACGUUUAUCUUUUGGAUGCAAACUAACCAGGGUAAUAUAUCAUGUCAAUUUAUUGAAUAUUUCAUUGUGGAAUGGAUAAGAGGAAAGAUAGCUAUUAUCACACGCUUCCAGCAACUUUUGAUUAUUUUUUCUGCAGGCAAUUGGCAGACCUACACAAAGAAAAUGCUUCAAAACAUAGCGCAGUACAGGUAAGUGGCGCAUUUAGCCUCCUGUCUUACUCCAAAUUCACGUUUUUAUUUCCGGCAUUCUGCGCUUCAAAUGAGAAUCUCACAAGAAUACGAGAAAGUUAAUUUCAGAAAAACUAAGUAUGAGAUAUUUCAUUCCAAUUGUUUUUGUCUGGAAAUUGAAUGAUGUGUAACGUGCUCUAAUUUUCUUCAUGUAGUUUGUGUAGUGUGAUCUUACAAACGAAAGUUUCGAAACGAAUGAAGGCUGCAGCUGCCCAACAACGACAGUCACUGAAUUCCAGAUGAAGAUCUGAGUCAGAAAAUAGACAUUCUUAUUAGCAGUACUGCACUGAUAAAUAUACUGUUCUCUAAAGAUAAUCAGGAAAAGCUCGUGAUUUUCAUUCUCAGGAAGCUGCUCUCAGUGCUGAAAUGACUGCAAAGGAAGGUCUACGGAUUGCAAUGGAGAAAAAAGAAAGACAGUUUAAGUGUGAAACGGAGGCAUUAGAAUUCCAGGUAUUCAAAUCAUUUAUGUUAGGUACAUGGAGGGUGCUCUUCACUGAUUGAAAGAUUGAUCCAUGGACCGGUUUAUUAAGUAAAGAGGAUAAGUUUUGAAAGAAACUGUGGUGCUGCGUCGGUGGGGGAGUAUAACAAGAGAAUUUUGAUUUUAUUAACUAAGUUGAUGAUGUAAAUUGGCUAUAGUAAAGAGUUUCAAAGCUAACUUUUCGAACGUUAGCUCUUCGUUAGAGUGAAUUAUGAAGGGCUAACGCUCGUAACGUCAGCUUUUAAACUCUUUAAGGUGGCCAAUUUAAAUUAUCAACUCAGUUGAUAAAGCCAAAAUUAUCUUGGUGUACUGACCGAUUGACUGGCCGACGGACGGACAAUUGGAAGGACCGACGCACUAACUCAUUCACUCACCCACUAAAUCCACUGACCGACCAUUUGAUAGAUUGAUUGAUUUUUUUACAUCCAUUUUGAAAUCACUGGUGAUUCUUGUAAUCUGAUUGGCUCUCAUUGGUGUGAUUUAUUUACGAAUCCCACCAUUUUUUACCUCUUAAUGGCAUCUUUUUCCCAGCCAUUUGAGAAACUUUACUAGGAUACAACAACCAAUUGCUUGAUUAAAGAAACCAAUGAAAUCGUAGGAAAAUAAAAACAGCUUCAAUAUGCAACUUUCUACAAACCUGCUCACCACUGGGUCAACAAAACAUUUUUACAGACUAAACAUCCUGUGUCUGAGCAACUCAAUUUUUCGAUUUCAAAAUGGAUGUAAUGAAGUGGUAAUUGAGCCAAGGGGCGUACAAUUUUGGUCCGAAAUGAUGCUUGUUAUUUCAAAUCAAGUAUUAUGAUUUCAGACCAAUUUUCACUUCUCUAAGGUCAAAUACCUUUAUUAAUUAAUUUACCGACUGUCUUUCUGCGUGGUUGCUGUUUUAGAUCAGUGACCUUCAAACUGGACUGCGUCGGGCUGAACAGCAAGCCAGUAGAAGGGAAGACAAUCUACGUCAAGAAAUAAGUGAUCUACAACAGGUUAGAUUUAAGAAUAAUAACAACAACGACAACAAAUUGUAUGAUUCAAGACUUAUGGAGAGGUCUGCACUGAGCCUAAGACUUAUCAAUCUUAAUUCAAGAAUCUCAGAUGGCCGGGAAGAGCUGUGUUAUUGCAUUUUAGCCAAAAACAUGGAAUCCAUAUAGUUUUAACGGAAAUGUACAAUGUUUGCAGAAAUUUGUUUCUAUUUGUCUACUGAUAUAGAAAAAAAAAUGGUUUUGACCGAUUGUGACUUAGUUGUCAGUGCAACUAAGCAAAACAGUCGGUAGAAGCAUGGAAGUUUGUGGAGUCACGUUAAUUCUACGAGAUUAGAAAAACAUUCACUUUUGGUGCUUUUUGAUUUGUGGAUUAUGGGAAAAUAAAGUUUCAUUUUAGUGUUGAUCUUAACCAAAAGGACCCCCACUUACUGCAUAGCCUUUUUGAGGAUCUUGAAUUGGAUGCACUUUUCCGAUAACGGUGAUGUUGUAAGUAUUGUUCGCCAUCCUGAAGAGAAAAUACGAAUUGGAAGAAGUAGGGGAUUGUUUGAACACGUUUAGAUUUGUAUUUCUUGUUAAAAUUCCUGUUGAAAACGAUUCAAACAGUCAUUUUUUCCCCUCUUACAGAGGUUACAGGAAGCAGAAGCUCGUAACCAGGAACUCACUGAAAGUGUCACUUACGGUAACUUGAAUGUGAUUGAAUAUAAUUUUUCUCAUAAUAUCUGCGUAAAAAGUUUUGGAGGGAGGAGUAAGUACAGAAUGAAGCACAUUUUGACACUAACUUCUUGUUCUUCCUUUCGACUUACCAACCCAUAGCAACAAGACCACUGUUAAGGCAGAUUGAAAACCUACAGAGCAGCUAUGGAAAUCACACGCAAACUUGGGAAAGAGUGGAGAGGAAUUUAACGGAGAGGCUUAGUGAGUGAACCCUUUAUUUUUAACCCUUCAUUUAUCAUAACAGUUUUAACUUAUGAAAAGUUGGACCGAGAGAACAUCGCCUCUUACCAUGCAAAGCUUUCGAAUAUGAAAAUAUAUUGCUAGUUACUCAUUGAGUUUAGUGUCUUACAAUCAACGCCUUAUCUAUCACACAGCCAAUCAGAACAAAGCUAACAUCAAUACGUGGCAAAUACCGUACAUACACUACCUAAAUGAGAAAACGUGGACAACCUAGCUGGGAGCCAGUUUUCCCUAGGAUUAGUCUAGACGAUUUUGCAAGUUUUUUUUUCUAGAUCUGUCAUUGACACAACGUAGUGAAACAAACCUAAUUCAUAAUUGUAGUACUUUCUUCACGCGAUUGAAAUUUCUCUACUGAAAAUCGAACUGGAACUGAGGCUGUAAACACAUUUUUGAGUAUAAUUGUUUCCAUGAAAGAGGCUCCGCGUCUAUCAGAUUAUUCUCGAACAAUUACUUUUCCUACCAGAUGAGGCUCAGGUUCAACUAGCCGAGGCCCAGGAAAAGGAGCGCGUAGCCACAGAGCACGCGCUGGAGUUGAACUCCCGCUUGACAGCUGUGGAGUCACAGCUGGCGACAUACCGACAGGACAAGUCACGACUGGAGGCUACAUUGGAGAUGGAACGAACGAGACUGGAAACUGCUGAGGAAGCGAGAAGCAGGUACAAGUACUACUGAGAAGAUUGCGAAUGAAGUGUAAUCUGGUAAUUUCCUCUUAUGGAAAACAACUGUAAUUUUUGGCGGUCAGGAAACGUAUAGUACCUAGAGUCACAUUUUCAGGGUUGAAGUAAAUUUUUUUGUGUAGAUAAACUAACUUUGUGUUUAUAUGUUCAGGGAAACUGCUAAGAUAGAGGCAUUAGAGAUUAAAUACAGAAAAAUGAUGGAGGAUAACAACUUGGAGAAGGUAAGAGUCGCUAGCAGUUUUUAACCAUUACUGUACUACUUAUGCUGGGCUUAUCUCGUCAUAAGUCACUCGAAUCAUUUUGAACACGUGUCAUGUUUGUUCUUCAAGGCUUUACUUGAACAACAACUCGCCGUUGAGAAAGGCAAAAUGGAAACAGAAAAGAAGAAGUUUCAACACGCCAUGGAAGAGAAAGUAAGUCUUUGAAUUUGACGAAUUGGAUGUCAAAUGUUCAACUCCUGAGUUGCAUGGCAUUUUAGGUUAACAUGUGGCUAACUGUUCGCAUCAGUGUUAUCGAAAGCGUCUUGUCUAGAAAAUCGAGAGGAAUUUUUAAGGAUUUUUCGAUUAUUUCAUUACAUGUUUCUCCUGUAAAGAACUUCUCUUUUACCCACAGUCCCUGAAAUUUCUGUAACUAGUGAAAAAGGAGAUUUGUCUUAGAUAGACCUUGACUGUCGACAUCUUACUGUAUUUCACAUGUGAAGGAGAUUUUUUAAGUCUUCGCAGAUUCUCUAUCCGUUAUAUCCGGUUUUUUUUAUACGAUGCUCUUUUUUAGGAGAGAAGUUUACUUCGACAAUCUAGUAUUUCAGGAGCACCUCCCUCUCCCACGGCCAGGGACGACUCUUCGCAGGUUUGUAAUCUUACGAAAUGAAGAAUUUAAGACUUCUCUGUUUAGUGUAAUCAAUUCACUGUCACGAGUUUCCACAUAUCGUACAUGGACUGUUACUCCAUCCGCUAGAAAUUAACCAACAGUGAAUCUCCCUCUUUCGGUAAACGCGAAACAUCCUCUUUGAUUACUUAUUCAUACGAGGAAACGAAAACUAUUGAGAACUUUACCAGUUCUAUCGUUUUAAAUGAAACUUUGUAGAAAGAGUAUUACUUAACUUAUAAUUAAUACACUUCAUGCUGUUGUGUCCUGUUCUUUAGGACGAAAAUCCCGUUACCUCCCCUCACAGGCCACGACAGGGUAGCACCAGUAGUGUUAUUGAUGGCAUAUCGAGGGGAAUCAUGGGAGCUGGCACCGCCAUGGUCGAGAGACUGCAGGCUCAGGUCAAACAAAAAGAUGGCGAAAUUCUACUUUUACAGGUAUCAUUUUGUGUGCAACUGUAUAUUGUCUCUUAUUGGGUGACCCGAAGUUGCCCCUAAGCACGAGACAUUUCUUGCCAUUUACAUUGAUAGUAGGUAGCGGUCAUGUGUCGAAAGUAAGUAAGUUCAUUUGAAAAAGGGUUGAGAACGCAAUGCCGAGUCAAUAGGAACUUCGAUGCUUGGGAAUCAUGCAUCCAGAACCAUGCGCAGUAAAACAAGACAUGUUUGAAUUGAAUAAAGGGGGUAGGUGCUGCGUCGGUGGAAUAGUAUAACAGGGUAAUUUAGUGUUAUCAACUGAGUUGUUGAUUUAAAUAGACCACCGUAAAGAGUUUCAAAGCUGACGUUUCGAGCAUUAGCCCUUCGUCUCGGAUUCGCUUUGACGAAGGGGCCGAGCUAACGCUGGAAACGUCAGUUUUGAAACUCUUUACGGUGGCCUCUUUACGGUGGCCUAUUUACGUUAUCAACUCAGUUGAUAAUGCUAAAUUGCAUGUUAGAUCUGGCGAGUUAUUUUAGCUUUUAGUAAUUGUAAGACAUCCGAGGCAAUUUCACUGAGGACAGUACAUGUGGAUCUAUUUUUUAACUAACAAUGGGGAACGUCUUUUGUAACAGGAAGAGAUAACUACGCUACAAAAAACACGCGAUGCCGUUACAGAAGAACUAGCGACACUCACUUCGAAAAUGGAGAGUCUGGAGGAAGAUAGUAGACUUUUAGCUGACCUACAAACACGAUACAAGGUAGGUUGGGUUUACCAAAUCUACAUUGAUAUAUCCCCUCCCAUCUUAUCCACUCUACUGUUAGUUGAUCCGCUCAGUGGCACAUGGAAUCCGUGAGGGUAUAAUUUUGUAACACAGUUUGUAUGUAGAAAGCAAGAGUGCUUUUUAAUUUUGAUAUCCGGGAUACUUGGUAUUUCCCUAGGAGCUCGAACAACGUCAUAACGCCGUGCUUCAAAUGUACGGUGAGAAAGCUGAGCAGGCUGAAGAACUGAAAAUGGACUUGGAAGAUGUCAAAUCCAUGUAUAAACAACAGGUAAAUAUGCAAAAUUUAACAUAGACUCCAGUGAUUUGUUGUAAAUGCAACCUUCGAACUGUCGGAGAGUAUUGUGUUGAACUCUUUGAUCGUUUUGCUCGUGAUUUAUAUUUCAAUCUCGAGUUCUAUAAUCUUCAAGUGAUGCCCGAAAUCAUUAUGUUGUAUUUUCCAACGAAAGAGAAAUGUAUUCCCUCGCCUCUUUCCGUCGAGGAAUAUAAAUAUGAACGGGUGCAGGGGGAAUUGUUUGCCUGACCUUGCAAAAGGCUUUUUGGGGAUGUAGGAAUGACUACCAUCCCACCUUGGAAAGUAGCAAGAAUUCGACGUCUUUUUUUUCUCUUACAGAAAAGAGAGCAAGGGUGCUGGUCACUUUCGUCGUAAUGCUUUGUAAAUUAUUUCUCUGAUUUUAACAACACACCUUGUGUUGCACUGAGUUUAAGCAAGAAUUUUGUUUAUCUACAGAUUCAGGAACUCCUGGGAGCCGCAAGAUGACACUACCGUAGAGAUGAAGAAGAUUAUUUGCGAUAAGUCCAUUCUGUCGAAGACGAAAAAUUACAUCUAAAGAGCGUUUAUUUGGACUCAUUAUGGACUGAGAAUGAUUGGGAUAGUGUGGCCAUUCGGCCUUAAUCGUUUUAAUUACCACUCUUAUUCGUCGAUUAAUUUGAAGCUUCAACAUCCCCCCCCCAGGCAACCCCCUGCGCAUUUGAACUUUUGAAGAUUGGUUUGUCCAAAUCCUCUCCCCCGGGGGCAAAAAUUGAGUUCAAAUUCUCCACUCCCUUUCCUUUUUUUGUUAAAAGUUAAAUCAGGGACAGUGACUUUCUACACAUUGACCAAGCUUUAUGACUGAGACCUUGUAGACUUUUCAUUUUGGGCUAUUCGAUUGCGAAAGUGAACUUCGGUAUUUAACACUUUAAAACGCCUUCAUAUUUAAAAGAUAUAAGACUUGUAUUCCGCUAGAGAGACUGGAUACUUUAGGUUCAAUUUUCCCACCCCAGUAAAGCAAGGUUCAAAUUCCCCACCCCCGAGGUACCGACGACGGAUGCCCGUGCGUUGCGCUGGAAGGGGGGGUGCUGGUGGAAUGUUGAGGCUUCGAGCUGAUCGGUGCAUUAUAGUAAUAGGAACAGAAAUAACAUUAUCUACGAGCGAAUUAAUCUUAGGGUUUUGGUAAACCAUACGUGUUUUUUUUAAAACUUUUUAAAAUUCCCUUAGUUUUCCGCGGGCACAGUCUGUCUAAUUUUAGAACAAUAAAUCACUGACAACCGAAAAUACUGUCGAGGGAAAGAUUUAAAAGUAAAAAAUAUAUACGUUAAUUUAAGGAUUUUUAAAAGUUUUCUUUAGCUAUGAAGUGGUUGGGAAGGGGAGAUGAAACCACCCAGGCAUGAAAAUCGUUGGUUAUAGGCCAAUAACACACUUUGGUUAACCAAAAAUCCAGUUCGAUUAUUGUCGUAGUUCCAGUUGAUUCCAGUAACAGGAAAUACGCUGGACUAGGGAAGGAACCUGUACUGCAUGCACUGAUGAAUUUUAUCAGAGUUUGAAGGCAGUGUAUUGGGGGGAAGUGUACAACAUUUCGCUAGGAAUAAUUAAAUAUAUAUAUUUAACAGCAAGAUGUGGAGGGCCCAUUUUGUAGAAUAAACAUUGAUAACUGUAACAAAUGAGUAGUUG